CCCGCCCCCGCCGCUCCGCAGCGCCAGCUCGGCAGAGCGUGGACGCCGCGGCCGGCCGCAACUUUGUCCCCGGGGCGCCGCGGGCCGAGCGGGAGCAGCCCGCCGGGCGCCUGCCCCAUGUCCCGCGCGGCGAGCGAGAAUGUGGAGUACACGCUGCGCAGCCUGAGCAGCCUGAUGGGCGAGCGGCGCCGCCGGCAGCCCGAGCCCGGCGCGGCCAGCCCGGCCGGCGAGCGCAGCCUCCUGGCGGCCGCCGAGUCGAGCGCCAGCCUGCAGAGCGCGGGCGCGGGCGGCGCGGCGGAGCUGGAGCGCGCGGCGCGGCGCCAGUUCCAGCAGGGCGAGACCCCCGGCUUCGUGUACGUGGUGGCCGCCUUCUCGGCGCUCGGCGGCUUCCUGUUCGGCUACGACACGGGCGUGGUGUCGGGGGCCAUGCUGCUGCUCAAGCGGCGGCUGCGCCUGGACGCGCUGUGGCAGGAGCUGCUGGUGUCCAGCACGGUGGGGGCGGCCGCCGUCGCGGCGCUGGCCGGCGGGGCCCUCAACGGCGCCUGCGGCCGCCGCGCCGCCAUCCUGCUGGCCAGCGCGCUCUUCGCCGCGGGCUCGGCCGUGCUGGCCGCCGCCGCCUCCAAGGAGACGCUGCUCGCCGGCCGCCUGAUCGUGGGCUUCGGCAUCGGUAUUGCCUCUAUGACUGUGCCUGUGUACAUCGCCGAGGUCUCACCACCCAACCUGAGAGGCCGGUUGGUCACCAUCAACACCCUCUUCAUCACUGGGGGCCAGUUCUUUGCAAGUGUGGUUGAUGGAGCCUUCAGUUACCUCCAGAAGGAUGGAUGGAGGUACAUGUUGGGCCUGGCAGCCAUCCCAGCUGUGUUACAGUUUUUUGGCUUUCUCUUUUUGCCUGAAAGUCCUCGAUGGCUCAUUCAGAAAGGACAGACCCAAAAGGCUCGUAGGAUUUUAUCUCAGAUGCGUGGUAACCAGACCAUCGACGAGGAAUACGAUAGCAUCAAAAACAACAUCGAAGAAGAGGAAAAGGAGGUCGGCUCAGCCGGGCCUGUGAUCUGCAGAAUGCUGAGCUACCCGCCCACCCGCCGGGCUCUGAUCGUGGGCUGUGGCCUGCAGAUGUUCCAGCAGCUGUCCGGCAUUAACACCAUAAUGUACUACAGUGCAACCAUUCUGCAGAUGUCUGGCGUGGAAGACGACCGGCUGGCCAUAUGGCUGGCCUCCCUGACGGCCUUCACGAACUUCAUCUUCACCCUCGUCGGAGUCUGGCUUGUGGAGAAAGUGGGCCGCAGGAAGCUUACCUUUGGUAGCUUAGCAGGCACCACCGUGGCACUCGUCAUUCUGGCCUUGGGGUUUCUGCUGUCAGCUCAGGUCUCCCCACGCAUCACUUUCAGACCAGCGGCUCCCUCAGGCCAGAACACCACUUGUACAAGAUACAGUUACUGCGAUGAGUGCAUGCUGGACCCAGACUGCGGCUUCUGCUACAAGAUGAACAGAUCCACUGUCGUCGACUCCUCCUGCCUUCCUGUCAAUAAGGCGUCCACCAGCGAGGCAGCCUGGGGCAGGUGUGAAAAUGAAACCAGAUUCAAAACGGAAGAGGUGUUCUGGGCUUACAAUUUCUGCCCCACCCCGUACUCCUGGACUGCCCUCCUGGGCCUCAUCUUGUACCUUGUGUUCUUCGCCCCUGGAAUGGGACCGAUGCCUUGGACCGUGAACUCUGAAAUAUACCCGCUUUGGGCGAGAAGCACAGGGAACGCCUGUUCCUCAGGAAUAAACUGGAUUUUCAACGUCCUGGUCUCUCUGACUUUCCUGCACACGGCGGAGUACCUGACCUACUACGGCCGUUAGCAGGGAGCUGGUCGGAAGUGCAGCAGCCGGGACACAAAGCAGGGCCCACGUGGGAUGUCGGCAUCGCAGGCGGCAGUUUUCCCUGCCGCACCACAGUGCUGGCCCCGCCUUCCUCCUGUGUAGUUGCUUCCUGAGAUCUCAGCGUCCGGAUGCUUGCGAACCCGUGCUGCUUAUCCUGCCUGCCCAGUACCCGCAUCCGCUAAGUCCACUGCUGAAACGGCACCAACAUUGCAGACAGUAAUGCAGAACUUGAUUCUGGAGAAGGCAUCUUACUCGAGCCCCAAGUACACGGAGGGAGUCUCUGUGCUAUGGAACAGACCGUGGAGGACCUUCCACUGCAGGGCAGAGAACUGAGCACGUGAGUUUCAGCGCCGUUGCCAGUGGCGUGGAGCCUGUCCGGGCCCCCACGCUUGGCAGGCAGUUCUGACUUCGGCCUGGUUUCCAUUGCUCACGUUUUUAUGGAAGUCUUCCAUUUCUAUAGAAUUUCCUUGACUUUGGGCGUCUGGGCACAAGCGGGCAUCCGUACGGCCCUCCCCUUAAGAACCUUCCUAACCCAUCUGCUUUUACCAGGCGUUUCUCGGUUUUCAUUAUGCCGGUGUUGCCAAGCCAUGACCAGUAAUGCAAGAUCCAAGAUCAUGUUCCGAGAGGCCAGGCUGGACUUCCGGUCAUGGUGUUGUGGUGUGGCAGCCUGGCUCCGUCUGGAUCACCUUGGUCACCAUCCUGCCUCUGUCCGUUUCUGGCAGAGUGUCCGCAUCCACCCAGCACUGUCCUGUCAGUCACCCCCCCAACCCCACCCAGUCAGCGGUCCAAAUCUCCUCCGUUCUAGGGCUCGCAGGGAGCCGGCUCUGAAGGGCACCUGCGCAGGACACCCACACCGGCAGAGGCAGCGGCUCACCCGCAGCUUCCCAGUGCCGGACCCUGAAUGACGUCCCCUCUCCCGCGGGGACAGUCUCUUGUCUCUAAGAUGCAGAUCUGCCCUCCCCUGCCUCAUUUAGCGGUUCUCCACCGGCUCUUGGAUUUUAAAGGAAGGCAGCCUGGGAAAUAGGCAGAGAGAACCACCCGGCAGCCCUUCCUGCACCUCGAGGAUGGUGCCGUGGAGGAGGAUGGGGCAAUGGGGUUGCCAGGAGAGAGCCGAGGGCACAGGGGGAAGGCGUCACCGUGGGGGUGCAGCCGACAGGAUGUCCUAACACGGGGAUGUUGGCUGUGACACGAGAAAGGCCAGGGACGACUCCCAGACUUCUGGCUGAGAGACUGGAAGGAGGCGGUCGCCUCGUCCUCCACGGAGGUUGAUUCCACGGAGGUGCCGUUGUGCGUGGGCCUGGAAACCCAAGGUGAGUAAGAAAGAAAGAUGCGUGACCUAGGAGACGAGACACGCACAGAACUGGAGGACUCUGCGCCAGUGCGCAGGGGGCAGGCUGCGGAGCCCACGCGUGGACACAGCCCGUCCUCUCCCUCUUCCCGAGGGGGCACCUGACCGGGGCCUCACGGGACUGGAAUCGCCAGGCUGUGCUAUUUGGUUUUUUUGGUCCAUUCCUGGGCGUGAUGCCGAGUGACUCAGGGAGCACGUCAGCCCCGUGCGGUCUCGCAGCCCCUGACUCCGUGUGUGCUGUUCCCC